GGUGGGGCUGGCCGCCUGCGAAGUUCCCCGCUCCCUGGGCCGUGGGGGCGCCGAGGGGAUGGGGAUAGAGCUCUGGCGGCGCCUGCUGCUCUCCCUCUCGCUGUUGUUCGUCCUGCUGCCUGCAGCCCCGGGCUUCACUUCGUCUCUGGACAGUGACUUUACUUUCACGCUGCCCGCCGGCCGUAAGGAGUGCUUUUUCCAGCCCAUGCAUCACGAGGCCUCGCUGGAGAUCGAGUAUCAGGUUUUAGAUGGAGCAGGAUUAGAUGUUGAUUUUUACCUGAUAUCUCCAAAAGGCGAAACUCUUGUUUUUGAACAGAGGAAAUCAGACGGGGUUCACACAGUGGAGACAAUUGAUGGUGACUACAUGUUCUGCUUUGACAACACAUUCAGCACCAUUUCAGAGAAGGUGAUUUUCUUUGAACUGAUUUUAGAUAAUGCAGGAGAAGAAGAAGAUCAAGAAGACUGGAAGAAGUAUAUUACCGGCACGGAUCUUCUGGAUAUGAAACUAGAAGAUAUUUUGGAAUCUGUCAACAGUGUCAAGUCUAGGCUAAGCAAAAGCAUUCAUAUCCAGAACCUGCUGAAAGCAUUUGAAGCUCGGGAUAGAAACAUUCAAGAAAGCAACUUUGAUAGGGUAAACUUCUGGUCCAUGGUCAACCUGGCCAUAAUGGUUAUUGUAUCUGCUGUUCAGGUUUACAUGCUGAAAAGUCUCUUUGAAGAUAAAAGGAAAACUAGAACUUAACAGCCUUGUGUAAUAAGAGCAAUAAAAGGAAACAUGCAAUACACUGCUACAGAAAAGGAGAUGGGUGUUAUUUUCCAGCUUGUUUUGAACAGGUGAUACUUACGUUUUACAAAUGACUCUUCAACAUGGACAAAAUGCCUUUCUUUUCUCUAUCAACAUAACUACAAUAGGUCAGUUUUUAGAUUUGCAUAAGUUAAUACUUGUCAAAAUCUCCUCUGCCAUCUGUAUUGCACAAAAUAAAGAUUUUUUUUAGUAUUUGCUAUACCUGU